AAGAAUCUUUUCGCCUCGCCCACCUUCGCCCUACCCUACCCUUCUCUACUCUGUAUAUUUCUUUGCAGAAAUCCUCACUUUCCUCUCUCUUGCUAGCCAGUCAUGGCUAUGCCCCAGCACCAUCAGUUCCAACAACAACAACAACCACAACCACCUAAACCCUUUAGAAAUUUGUACAACAUCGACGGUCAGAUUUCGUCUCCGGUCGCCUAUCUCGACGGCCCUCAUCUCCCCGUUCACUCCCAGCAUCCUCCAUAUAUACCUCCCUUUCACGUUGUUGGGUUCGCACCUGGUCCGUUUCCUGCUGCGGAUGGAAGUGACGGUGGAGUCGAAUUGCAAUGGAAUUACGGUUUGGAACAGACGAAAAAGAAAAUCAAAGAGCAAGAUUUCUUGGAGAACAAUUCCCAGAUGUCUUCCGUGGAUUUCUUGCAAGCCCGAUCGGUCUCGACCGGUCUAGGUUUAUCACUUGACAAUGGUCGCUUGGCUUCCUCUGGUGAUUCCUCUUUCUUGGGUGUUAUGGGUGAUGAGAUUGAUCGCGAGUUACAGCGACAGGACGCUGAGAUUGAUAGAUUACUCAAAAUUCAGGUUGACCGAUUGAGACAAGAAGUUGUAGAGAAGGUUCAGGCAAACCAACUUCAAACUAUAUCAUAUGUUGAAGAAAAAGUCCUUCAAACACUCCGUGAAAAAGAAGCAGAGGUGGAAAAUAUCAACAAGAAGAAUAUGGAGCUUGAAUUGCGAAUGGAACAGUUGGCUGUGGAAGCAGGUGCUUGGCAACAACGGGCCAAAUACAAUGAAAGCAUGAUUAACACCCUUAAGUUCAAUCUUCAGCAAGUCUAUGCACAAAGUAAAGAUAGUAAGGAAGGGUGCGGUGACAGUGAGGUUGACGAUACGGCCUCUUGCUGCAAUGGUCGUGCUAUUGAUUUCCACCUUCUUUGCAAGCAGAACAAUGAAAGGAAGGGGUUGAUGACUUGUAAGGUUUGUAGAGUUAAUGAAGUUUGCAUGCUUUUGUUACCUUGUAAGCAUUUCUGCUUGUGUAAAGCAUGUGAGAGUAAGCUUAGUCUCUGUCCCUUGUGUCAGUCCUCAAAGUUUAUGGGCUUGGAGGUCUAUAUGUAAUAGGAUAAUGUGAAAGUCUAAUGCUAUAUUAAUCUUAUAUGCAUUGUUCUUGUUGUUUUUCAUU